ACUUUAUCCCUAGUCUUAAGUAUACAAAAGAGCGUACAAAUUUAGAAUAACCUGUCAGUAAAUUUUACUCUUAUUACAGGCCUCUAAUAUAAUACGAAAAAUGUCUCCUUUUCGAAAAUUACUCGUAUUAUUGAUUAUUUAUGUUGAUAUUAUGGAGACACGUACGGAAAGGAUAUUGGGUGUUUUUCCUUUGAACAUAAAGAGUCACACUAAAGUUUUCAAUGCUUUGAUGAAAGGUUUAGCAAGAAAAGGGCAUCAAAUCGACGUUAUUACACAUUUUCAGCUACAAGACCCACCAAAAAAUUACAGAACUAUUGUCAAUUUAAAUGGUACUAGAAGAUUUUCAGCGAACAAUUUAUCCAUUGAAUGUAUUUCUGAAAAAUAUGGAGAUGUAACAGCCUUUUAUUCACUUACUGGAAACGACAUGUGCAAUUUAUUAUCCGUUAAAGAAAUGCAAAAUGUUAUUAAAAAUUCAUCUCACGAGCCACCAUACGAUCUCGUAAUAACCCAGGUACUCGCAGCAAAUUGCUAUAUUGGAUUGGGAUAUGUUUUCAAGGUGCCUGUGAUAACUGUUGCUACGAAUGUGGAAUUGCCAUGGACUGUUGAUGGAGUUGGAAGCCCUACAGCCACUGCUAUUUAUACAGACGCCUUUAUGAAAACAUAUAAGGUUUUAACAUUUUGGGAACGAUUACAAAAUACACUGCAUUCUCAUACUUCUAAAUACAGAUACUGCAUGUACACAGAGAAAGCACAAACCGGGGCCAUGAGAAAAUAUUUAAGUCCUGAUAUACCAGGCGUUCGAGAAAUAGAAAGAACUGUGGCUUUAACUCUUAUUAAUUCCUAUUUUAACCCAUUUGGUAUUAAACCUUCAACCCCAGGCUUAAUAGAAAUUGGUGGUAUACAUAUAGAAGAAGAUGAUUCCAAAUUGACUCCCGAGCUCGAACGCUGGAUGAACGAAAGCACAAAUGGAGUUAUCUACUUUACAUUCGGAUCUAUGAUACUCAUAGAAACUCUACCAGAAGAAUCCCUUCUUGCAUUUUAUAAAUCUUUUUAAAAAAUUGCUCCAAUGAGGGUGCUAAUGAAAAUCGUAGACAAAACUAAACUCCUCCCAGGUCUGCCAGACAAUGUUCGAACGUCUUUAUGGAUUCCUCAAAUACCUGUCUUAAAACACCACAAUACGAGAUUAUUCAUAACACAUGGCGGUAUGUUGGGAAUACAGGAAGCUCUUUAUUACAAAGUUCCCAUGAUAGGGAUACCAUUUCUAUCUGAUCAGUUUCGAAAUGUAGAAACUCUUGUAAGCAAAAAUAUUGGCAUCCGUCUGGAUUACAACAAAAUAUCUUCGCAAUCUUUGGAUAAUGCUCUCAGUGCCAUUCUUAAUGACCCUAAAUACAGAGAAACUAUAGAACUUGAAUCUCACCUUUUCAGCGAUAGGCCAAUGAGUCCUAUGGACACGGCAUGUUUUUGGGUCGAAUAUAUCUUGAGAAAUGGAGGAGAUUCUUUAAGAUCACCAGCAGUGAACCUCUAUUGGUGGGAAGUUGCUCUUUUAGAUGUGUACGGAUUUAUUUUUUUUAGCUUUGCUGCGUUAAUUUAUUUAAUUAUAUUUACUGUCAAGAUGUUUGUAAGAAAAUGUUUAAAAAAUGUAACUAUAUCUACUCAAGUUACUAAAAAAAGGGAUUAAGUGAUUAAUAUAUAAAGUGUACAAAAAGGAACACGUAAAAUGCGAAAGACUACUAUAGAAAUAAGAAAAUAUAAUGUGCUUAAUUUCUG